AUGUAUUUUCAUAGAAUAUGGGCCUUUAUUACUUUUAUUAUUUUAUUAAAAGGAAUAUCAGCAGCUAAUAAACAAGAAAAUCCAAAAGAAUUACCAUAUAAAAACAGUUAUACAAGCAAUUGGGCAGUUCUUGUCUCAACAUCUCGUUUUUGGUUUAAUUAUCGACACAUGGCCAAUGCAUUGGGAAUGUACCGUACAAUUAAACGGCUAGGAAUUCCUGAUUCUCAAAUCAUAUUGAUGUUGUCUGAUGAUAUUGCGUGCAACUCUCGCAAUGCAUUUCCAGGAACAGUUUUUCACAAUGCAGAUCGAGUUUUAGAUUUGUAUGGAAAAGAUAUUGAAGUUGAUUAUCGUGGUUAUGAAGUAACAGUGGAAAAUUUUAUUAGAUUAUUAACAGGUCGAGUUUCUCCAAAUACACCCAGAUCAAAGCAACUUUUAACGGACGAACGAUCAAAUAUUUUUAUAUAUAUGACUGGACAUGGUGGAGACAAUUUUUUAAAAUUUCAGGACUCAGAGGAGAUAUGUUCACAUGACAUUGCAGACGCAUUUCAGCAAAUGUGGGAGAAAAAACGAUAUCAUGAAAUCCUAUUUAUGAUAGAUACAUGUCAAGCAAAUACUAUGUAUUCAAAAUUUUAUUCUCCAAAUGUUCUUGCAAUAGGAUCAUCUGAAUUAAAUGAGUCAUCAUAUUCACACCAUUCUGAUCAUGAUAUUGGCGUAUCUGUUAUUGAUCGAUUUACCUAUUAUACUUUGGAUUUUCUGGAAAAAAAUGUAAACAUUACUUCAAAACAUACAUUUAAAGAAUUAUUUAAUUCAUAUGAUAAAAAUCUUAUACAAUCGACUCCAGGUAUUAAAACUGAUCUUUUUCGUCGAAAUAUAAGUGAUGUUAAAAUAACUGAUUUUUUGGGCAAUGUAAGAAACACUGAAAUCAAUCAAGAAGAUCAGAAAUUAGAAUUAGGGAAAGAAUUCAUUAAAAUAGAAGAAUCAUAUCAUUAUUUUAAAACCAAAUCAGAUCCUAACUUAAAUUUAAAAGAAAAAACACAUUUCUCUAAAUUAGAAAAAGCAAUUCAUUUAAAAUCAUUAGAAAGAAAAACAAAAUAUAAAAUCAUAGGCAUUAACAUAGUUUGUAUUAGCAUUUGUGUUUUAGUUUGUAGAUUUUAA